CAGUUUGUGACAUUAAAGACGAAACACGUAAGGGACAAACUUAUGAAUAACUAAACUUUAUCACAUUGAAAUACCUGGCAUUGUCCUUGAUCCGAAUGGAGGGCCUGACCUGUUGUUACAGCUCGGGUAACACUAUUAUCAUAAAGUUAAGUAAACCCUCGGCUCAGAGUUUUAAUCAUAGAGACUGUACAAUGGAUUAAAUGCUAGAAGACUGGUAGUCACUGUUGGACUAAGACACAAAUGGAAUGUUUUUCUUCUGCAUAUAACUCGACUAACAACGGAAUGGCAGAAGGAUACUAUGACAGACAAUGAGUUCAAGGGCGUAUAUGAUGAACCCCAUCAUAAAUCUGAUAAUGAAACAGUUAAAGACGGUUCUAAGCUACACGUUCCCAAACUAGUACUUUAUAAUCAUGAUAAUGAGCUAACAGGAUUAGUUAUAGAAUUCACGACAUAGAUUUAACUCUAAACUAAGGAUGACAAUGUGUCAAAAACUAGUGAAUUAAAUUAGGCUUUCUUUUAAACAAGCAAAAAAACUAAUCGAAACGUUAACUAGGAAAUCUUUCAGAAGAGACUGACUAUGGAGGGACAGGUGUUUAGAGACUUCGAACAAGUAAUAGGAGAAGAGACGCGCUCUAUGAGAGAUAACAAGGAGACUCCAGAAGUACAUGAGGUUUUAAACACAGGGAAAGUCCGAGUGUAUUAUGAUGAAAAAAUAGGUAGACCAGUGCAUGUAUACAGCAAAAGUCCCCCAGAGUCAAGUCGAAAUGAUGUCGACCAUGGGCAAGCACUUGAAAGGAAACAAAGUAUUAAAUUCGGUGGGCCUCCACUCACAACACAAAAGGGUAUAUACCAUCCCCUUGUCGAAAGAUACAAUCGAAAAAUGAGCACUGGUAAAUUAGAACAGAACGACCAAUAUAGUAAUGAUGGUUACCUUAGCGACAGGUCAAGUACAAGUUUCAGCGAUAUAAAUAGUUACUACAGUGACCAAAGUAGUUUGUAUGGUGAUAAGGGUAAAUUAGACACCAAAAAGCACUACCUCAGGGAAAGGAUAAUAUACGUCAAUGAUUCAGACGAUUCAAAAUCACAAAGGCAAAGUCAUAAACACAGAAGAGUUCACGUACCCACAACGUAUCAACAGCGAAGUCAUAGUGUUGAUGGCUAUGGCAAACGGGUCGACACAAACGGUCGAAGACUGGCCGAUGAACGCUUCUAUCGAGAAGAACAAUUCACACAAUUUCCUGUAAGAUCUGAUAGUAAUACAUCUUACGAAUCUAAAGACACAAAAGAACAACGGAAACAGACUUUAGGAAGACGUGGAACUGGGGAUAAACAUUAUGCAGAUUCUGACUCUAAUAUUUCCAGUCAUGCCUUCGACGAUACACAUAGAAGAUCUACCUCGAGAAGGUAUGAUAGGUGUGAAAGAAAUGAUAUGCGCUUACACAGCAAUACAGCAACCUAUAAGACAGAUCAUGGCAUUGAAGCAUCACAUCCAACUAGACAUGACAACCCAAUCUCAAAAACAGUUUACAACAGUUAUCAAAGUGAUUCAAGGUCGAUUCAAACCCCUAAAAGACAUGACAAACGCGAUACAAGCUAUGACACAAACUAUGAGGUCCAUACCAACAGGAGCGAGGUAACAGCCUACCAGAGACACCAAGGGAGUUUCGACCAUCAGGGGUCGGAUACAAAUGGAACUACCAGUAGCGGUUAUAGUAGCCAGGCAUACGAACACCAACGAAGAAACGGCUACAACAGCGACGAGUCCAGAUCAUCACGUGACUACGACAACAAUACACGUGACCGCUACAGGUCUUAUCAAAGGAGAAGUCAACGGGGUGAGACAGAUAGACGAAGUCGAAGUGUGCAUGAUGAUAAUCGGGCGCCAAUGGAAGAUUAUCACAUUGCUAAACAUGGCCAACUUGGAUCAUUCGGGGAGCGGCCAUCGAGGUCUGCAUCAAGUAGCAGUAUUUAUCAACAAAAUGAUCAUCGGAGACACAAGAUACAUUCGGAUUUUACUCCCACGCAAAGAAUUAGAGCCAUUGCUCCUAAAUCUGGACAGACUGACCUUAGUAGAUACGACAGUGUCGUCGUCCAAGAUCCUACAAGCCACAACACGAAACACAAACAAAGUUAUGGUGAAACUACCAAAGUAACUGUUCGUGAUUAUGCUAACGCUGACACGACCAUGACUCCAGAGAUGAAGGAUCAAAUUGGCCAAAUCGCACCAGACAUGAAAUAUCAUGAAAGCCAAUAUUGCCGUAACACUGCAACUGAUAAACAGGGAAAAUUAAGUGAAACCUCAAACAAUGACGCUUCAAUAAAUGAAACAGAAAGCAAUAACAAUACAUUGACAUUUGAUGGAGACCUACAUCUAGAGUCAGAACCGAUAGAUCUUUACACUGGAUAUUACAAAGCAAAAGCCAAAAGUGAUCGAGAUAGAGAUAAAACGAAAACCAAAGUAUCGUUAGACAAAACAACCAGCUCCUCAUUAGAACAGACCCCUCUCACAGAAAGUAACCCACCACAAUGUUCAAAACACAGCUCUUCUGAUAUCGCUAUAAAUUCAAAUCACCGGGAGUUAAAAACGCAAUUGGUGAAUGGCCAAUAUUUAAGAGAAGGAGAUAAAAGAGCGACAAACAAUAAGGAAAUAAAACACAUUGUCAAUGAUGCCAAUCACAAACUGGAAAAAAUGAACAAUCACACCAGAAAAGCUUACAAUCAGAACAUUACAUCAACGUAUUCUAAAAACGUUCCAUAUUUCAACCAAAAAUCGGCAAGUGAUACAGAGGCACAUUAUAGAGAACACGCAGACGAUAUGUCGUCUGAUUCAGAUUCAGGGGGAUUUAGCAGUGAUUAUGGCGGCAAAAGGGGAUCUAAUACGAGUAUAGACAAACAGAUGAGACUUCGAGGUUUCAUGGGAGAUGGACCUCCAGUGAACAAUCAAGCACGUUGGAAGAGAUGGCAUGACAGUGGGAAGAAAGGGGAUACAAGCGUCCAUAUUCCAACUGUGACGUUAUCAGAGCAGAAGCAC